UCCAUUUCCAUUUUUCUUCUUAAUUCUAGAAUCUCCGCCAUGAACAACGAAUCCUCUUAUGGGAGCACCGGUAACAAUAGCAACAACCCCGUUCCAGAUCGCCCCGUCCGUGUUUACGCCGAUGGGAUCUACGAUCUCUUCCAUUUUGGCCACGCUCGUUCCCUCGAACAAGCCAAGAAAUCGUUUCCCAACGCGUAUUUGCUGGUUGGAUGUUGCAAUGAUGAGACUACCCAUAAGUACAAGGGCAAAACUGUGAUGACCGAUGUAGAACGUUAUGAAUCCCUUCGCCAUUGCAAGUGGGUUGAUGAAGUCAUUCCUGAUGCCCCGUGGGUGAUUGAUCAAGAAUUUCUAGAUAAACACAACAUUGACUAUGUGGCUCAUGAUUCGCUUCCCUAUGCUGAUGCCAGUGGAGCCGUGAAUGAUGUGUAUGAGUUUGUUAAAGCUGCUGGCAAGUUCAAGGAGACCAAACGAACUGAAGGUAUUUCUACAUCAGAUAUCAUUAUGAGAAUUGUUAAAGAUUAUAACCAGUACGUGCUGCGGAACUUGGACCGUGGAUACUCAAGGAAAGAGCUUGGAGUUAGCUAUGUGAAGGAAAAGAGAUUGAGAGUGAAUAUGAGACUGAAGAAACUACAAGAAAAAGUUAAGGAACAACAAGAAAAAGUGGGAGAAAAGAUGCAAAUUGUUGCUAUGCACCGUAAUGAGUGGGUGGAAAAUGCUGACCGAUGGGUUGCGGGAUUUCUUGAGAUGUUUGAAGAAGGUUGCCACAAAAUGGGCACUGCUAUCAGAGAUCGAAUCCAAGAGCGGUUAAAGGGGCAGCUGCUGCUAGACGGCAAGGACAGUGAAGAUGACGAAGAGGUAUAUUAUUAUUAUGAUGAUGAUUAUUAUUAUGACGACGACAAUGAUGAUGAAUACUACGAUGAUGACAAUGAAUAUCAUGAUGACAAAGAUGAGAAAAAUGAGAAAGGAAAGAACUAAAUUUGCUUCUGCAUGGUUGCCGGUUGCAAUUAACUAAUUAUGUUGACGUUAUAGCUAAAUGUAGCCAGGCUUUGAGCAGAAAGCUGUAUUGUAGUUCGUUUAUCCAUGCUGUGUUAGCAACAAUACUCGUCUCCCUAUGGUUCGGAUCCGUGUUUCUGUUUGCUAAAAUUUUGUCCCCAGAUCUUCCCUGUUCUUAUCAUGUACGUUGGUAAGAUGCAAGGGCUUGUACUUUUUUUCAUUUCGGCUACAGGACAUUUAAGUUUUAU